GAGGCGACGCGGAGAGACAGACCGUGAGGGUUGACUGGGACUAGUGUGCGCCUCACCUCUCAUCACCAGUUCCCGCCAGUCCGCCACACACACUCCACCACCACACUCACGUAGGGUCAUCACAGGUCACCACAACUAUCAGAGGGCGACAAAUAAGAAGACGAACUGGAAAACUUGUGAAUACUUUUGAAAAUUUACGAGGAUCUGUGUUUUGGUUUCUAGGCUGUGUUUAGGCCUGUGAUAUUGCCUAGUCCCUUACACACACGUCGAGUUAUUGAUCACUCGCCAUCCUUCUCAUCUGCCUUUAAGAAAAUGAAUGACAAAACAGCGAAUAUUUCUUGACGACAAAAUCCAAACGUAAACAUAACAUCUGAAUGACAAUAAAAUUAACAGACCCAAAACAACUUUAUGAAAAAUUAAUAAUGGGGGUUAUAAGACAAUUUUAAGUGUUUUUGACGUUGUCCUAACCUAACCAAACGCUAUUAAGUGGUGACCUAGAACAUUAUGGUGGUGUUAAGUGUGGGAAGUUUUGGGGCGCGUUGACUCUGGGGCCCAACCAGCUGUUCAACAACCAACACUACACAUACACACACACCACACACUCCGCAACGGUACUUCUGGCGGCCUCACAAUGCAACAAGUCGUGAAAUACCGCCGGGCGUCUACAUACCGCCGUGAUGGACGCUGGUGGGAGUGGGCGCUACGGGCGUGGGGACAAGCCAUCCACCUCGUCCGUAUCCUGGAGGCCAGACUCUCUCUCCUCAAAUUCACCACCACCGUCGCCUCCUUCAUGGCCUUCCUCUGUGUACUGCCACUCCUCUUCUUCCUUUACACGGGGAUCAAGUGUUGGCGUGCGGUGGUGAAGGCAUGGGCGGUACGGGCCAUGGAGGGCGUGGAGGAGAUGACGGGUGUUACGGUAAGGGCGGCCAUGGAGACCUCAAGCAGCCCGGGCAUGGAGACUCUCCUCUUCUGUCUCUCCGGCACCCCACACGUCUCCCACAUCAAGGAAAAAAUCAUGGAGGACGUGGUGGGGCGGAUGGACGCCAGCGGGCAGUUCCUUCAUCCUAACUUCCGUCGUCUGCUGAUGCACGUGGGCGGCUACUACGUGUGGAUGAGACACGACAACUUCGAUAUAGACCAACACAUCAUCAUGGCGCCACUACACUACCGCGGCCGCCUCGUCACUUCCAGGAACAUACAGGAGUACGUGAGCGAGGUGGUGAGUCAGCCACUACCAGAGGACCUGCCACCGUGGCGCAUUACAGUCAUAGCCACUUGUGACGGAGGCAGCGGUGAGGACGGGGAGACGUGGGUGGUGGCGCGCGCUCACCACCUUCUGGCCUCCAAUUUGUCACUUCCUGACCUGCUGGUGACGGCUUACCCUGACCCCUGGCGCAACCCAGCAACCCGGGGCCUCACACUACUGGCUGCCCCUGCCGCCACCCGACGUUUUAUCAACACCACCAUCACCCUGGCCACCACCACAGCAGGCAAGGCUAGCAAGGCCUGUAAGAGGUGGUGUAAUGAGAGAUACGCCAGAUUUGUAACGCCCAUUGUCGGUCUGCUGGAGGAGUCCAUACAGGCAGCUCAUAAGGUGGCGCCUGAAGAACUUCCUGCUCCGGUGGCGCGAGUCACGGCGGCCAUCCUUACCAUGUUCUUCUCUCUGGGGGGAAAACUUAACGAUCAUCUUAGUUCACUGUGGGCGGUCUCAAGGAAGUACUUGAACCUACGAUCAGUGUUUCACGCCUGGGUCCUCUGUGUGGUCUGGUCAGUGGGGCUGUGGUGGCUGUGUGUCGUGUGGUGGCUGAAGUUACCCUGGACCAUAUGUGUGUGGGGCUGUAGGGCGUGUCUCUGGGUGAAGGAGAUUCGUGCCAGUGAGGAGUACGCCAUAGUGGUAGACGCCGUGGUGGAGGUGUACUGGAUGAUUCGAGCCUUCGUGUCACUGCCCAGACUCGUGCUGGAGGAGGCGUUUAGCAUCCGGGGAGUAACACCUCUCAUGGGUUGGGUUGGACGCCGCCAAAGAACACUGUCAUCGCGGGGUCUGGGUCGCACGGGAGGCAUGGCAGUAGCGUGGAGUGACUCAGUACCUCUAAGCACAGCCCGCGGUGUGCGCGGUGCGACUGGUGCCUCGCUUACCGAAGUUCUGCUGACUGCCUCAGCAGGUGCUGUCCGGGACUACCUCCGCGUGACGGGGCUGCCUGUGCCCGAUGAGGUGUGCUGCACCCUGCCCGUGUACUCUCAGAGGUGGGCGGACAGUCGUGGCACCUCCCGCACGCCCGGUCUGGUCACAAUGGCGCUGCCUACAGGAGCCGCCGAGGCCUCCACGGCUUUACACAUAGUACGGGAGUCGAUGGAGAAGGUUCACGCCUACCCCGAGCGUUACCUGGCGUCAGUGUGGCUCAUGAGGAACGUGGCGUACUUCUUACCAGAGUCGCUGUUAGGUUCGGUGUUCCGUGCACUGUCAGCCCGCUACCCAGUCCUUAUGUCCAACCUGGCGGGGCCCUCAGAGCCCAUCAACCUCUGGGGCCACGACCUCCUCAACAUCUUCUACUGGAGGCCUCCACAAGAUGGCGCAGUAUUGUCGGUAUGCGUGGCGUCGUACCAGGGUCAGGCUCACCUAGGCGUGGUGGCUGAUGGCCGGGUAGUGCCCAACGCGGCCACCAUGCCUCAAGCUUUCGUUACCCACCUCAACGAACUGGCUGUCAACACCGGCGUCAGGCUGGAACGCCAGUCAUCACGCAACUGGUGCAGAGGACAUUCCCCUGCGACCACGCCCUCACCCUCACCCACGCCCCCGUCCACGCCCACCACCUACAGGAGUUCCUAUCCCCAGUGGAACAGAUACAAGUCACCAGGUCAGGUGCCGAGGCGGCAAUCUGCCUUGUUCUAAGACGUGUUCAGAACCUUGUCUGGACAGUUCUGUGUGACUAAGUGAUGUUCAAAACCUGAGUCAGACAGUUCUCAGUGUUAAAGUGGUCAGAACUUGGUCUGGACAGUUCUGAGUGAUUAAGUGGUAAUCAGAACCUGGGUUAUGACAGUUCUGAGUGUUCAAGUGAUGUUCUGCAUGUAUUAGUACGUUCAGAACCUCGGGCGUACAGUUCUGAGUGAUUAAGUCGUGUUGAGAGCCUGAGCUGGACAGUUCUAACUGUUCCAGUGAUAUUUAGAACCUCGGGUGUACAGUUCUUAGCGUUCUACAAGAGCGUUCGAGUGUUCACACCAAACAAAUGUUAACUCUUACAGGUGUAUUUAUCGUAGACGUUCAAAUACGAUAGUAAACUAGUAAUACCUAACAAAAUAUAUACUGUAGUCCUCACCUUUCAUAAAACCAGUGUCGGGUUUAAUGGCUACCUUUCCUAACAGGCCGCAACCUAACCCAUUAACCCCUUUGAACACGAAGACUUAAACCACGACAAAGGGUUAAGCCAUCGUAUUCAAGGGUUUAAGAUUUCGUCCCAUUAGGGUUUGUUUUCACUUAGAUUGGCACCCAAUUAAGGCUGCUGCCCCCCCCCCAUCCCGAGGGUUAGGUUAGGUGGGGGGGGGGGGCAUUCAGUCGUGCUUAAAAGACAGAGAUGCACUGGCUCUCAUGCGCUUUUUAACAAAUAUACAGUACUGUAUAUUCACUUUUUAUAAUUAUAUUUUUCCAUCAUACUCGUCUAUGUUGAUGUUAUAAAUAUAUCUCUUCAACAGCUAAGGUCUUCAAAUAUGUACACUAAAUAAUUUCAUAUAGCAGACGAGCUGAAUAAAAUCGUGUGACAUUAAUCAAAUAGCAUUAAGUUGGCGUCCCCGUAGUGAAGGGGAUAGUUGGUGGUAAUACUUUAUCAAACGGGUAUCUUUCUAGGUUAGUAAAUAAACGCCAUCAACAGUUAGAAAUUAAGACAUGCCAAUAUUUUGUCUUUCGAAAUUGAACUUUAUAGGAAUAUGUAGUGACCGCAGCAACAUAUUACUGGUUCAUGGAACAAUAUUUUUCCCACAUAUCCUCAACAAUCAAUAAAUUAUUUUUUAAACAAUAAAGCCGAACAAAUAUCAAUUACAAACGUGUAUUAAAAUAAUACACCAGUGACCCGAAGAAAGUUACCGUAAAAGCCUAUCCAAUUUCCGUAGCUCAAACUGGGUCCAGGACUCACGCUUAAUGCGGUUAAAGCGUUUGUAUUCUUCUACCUUGCGAAAAAAACACGACUGAUUGUAUGAAAUAGCAUCGUGAUAUUCUAAUGUAUUAUGUAUAGUAAGAAUGUGUGUUUUUAACUGCAGAAUAAAGACGAACAAAUAAAAACUGUCAACAAACAUUCCGCACAAACAUAAUGGUGUAUCAUAAUAUUAAGAAUCGUUAAUUUUUAAACAAUAACUUAAUGUGUUUACGCAAUACCUCUUGAGAGUGUGUGGCCAAAGUAUACGUGUUGACAGUCCUCACUUUUGCAGUCACUUCAAGUUCUUUCUACUACAGCUCGUCUUCUGAAUGGCGUCUGUGGCCUUAAGCUGUCAAUAUGUAAAACCUCAGAGAUCAGGGCGAGGUUAAUAGAAUUUUGCUUUACCCUCUUUGAUGUCUCGCCUAUCCUGCUAUCCCGAUUUUAGCUUCGUCUCUCACCCUGCCACCUUUACAAUAGUCUGCCUCUCACCCUGCCACUCCUACAAUAGUCUGCCUCUCACCCUGCCACCCCUACAAGUCUGCCUCUCACCCUGCCACCCCUACAACAGUCUGCCUCUCACCCUGCCACCCCUACAACAGUCUGCCUCUCACCCUGCCACCCCUACAAUAGUUUGCCUCACCCUGCCACCCCUACAAUAGUCUGCCUCUCACCCUGCACCCCUACAACAGUCUGCUUCUCACCCUGCCACCCCUACAACAGUCUGCCUCUCACCCUGCCACCCCUACAAUAGUCUGCCUCUCACCCUGCCACUCCUACAACAGUCUGCCUCUCACCCUGCCACCCCUACAACAGUCUGCCUCUCACCCUGCCACCCAUACAACAGUCUGCCUACCACCCCCCUUGUCAUAAACCCUGCCACAGCUCCUUCCACACUACAAAUCUCACUUUCACGAACAAACUGAUCAUGUAAUUUCUAUCUCCAACGUAAACAAAACAUAUUAUAGUCACCCCUUAUAAUUUUCUUUCUUUUCACUCCCAGCUCUUGUCUAACUCUCUUAUACCUGUAUUUGUUAUAUCAUGUUCCCAUAUCUCACCGUAAACAUAUGCCUAAACUAAGAAGAUUUACUCAGUGUUAAUUAAAUAAAAGUUCAGCCAUUUGUGUUUGAGUCCGAAAGCCUCAUACUAAUUUGGAUAUCCAUUUUGACUUGGUGUGGCUUAUGUUAAUGUACAGUACCUCAUAGCUUAAUGGUUCACAGUUGGGAUGAUGUCUAUUUUAGAGUCGGUAUAUGUGUGUGAUCAGGGUAGGUAAACAAAGUGUCUUGACCGUGGGACCAAAACUUAUUAAUGUCAUGUUAAUUAAAGCUUUAAAUCAACUCCUGGUAUGAUGAAGUAGUCGGGCUAGGAAACUGUACCGUAUUUCUCCCCAUUUGAGGUGUAUUGUCUAAUGGGUCACUUGAUGGUUCACAGCUGGUAUGGCAUUGCGAUUUUUUUUGUCCCAUACACACACUAUUUAUUAAGCGUGGAAAAUGGCCAUAAAAUGAUUCACAAUAGCUCCCAACAGUAGUCUCUUCCCAACUCUGAAUUUGUGUAAUAUUGCUAGUAAAUGAUGCCCUGUACUUAAAAAAGCUCGUAUUUCCAGCAAUAAAAUAUUCGUCAUAUUAUUUUGUAAAAUUUAAUAAAACAUAUAUUGUA